UCAGGUUCUGCUGCUCCGAGGUGCUCGGAUAAAACAAACACACACAUGCAACCGUCUGAAUGCCGAACGAGCUCUUUGUAAUUUUCCAGUGAAUGAAUCCAACAUGUCAAAACACGCGUGUGAGUGGAGGAUGCGGAGACUGGCCCCGUGUGUACCAGGACCCCCAGCUGGAUGAGGCGGCACACCACUCCCACCCUCCUGUUCCUCACCAGCACCUGGCGCGGGGUCUCAUACUCGAAGAAGAAGUCCGAGAGGGCGCUGGAGAUUUGGCUCUUCAUCCUUUCCCGUUGGACGGCCCGCGAGGAGGAGGAGGAGGAGGAGGAAGAGGAGGGUCGCUGUCUUCAGCCCACUUUCAUAUACACACCUUUCAUGUAUAAACAGAAUAAACCUGGAAUGCUGCUGCCCAGAAAGGGAAAUGCAACCACUCCGAUAGACGUCCAGCGGAAGCAGCUUCCCAUCUACCAGGCGAAACCCCAGCUCCUGAACCAGCUGAGACAGCUUCACAACGCUAUUCUGAUAGGUGAGACCGGCUCUGGGAAGACCACCCAGGUCCCUCAGUAUCUGUAUGAGGCUGGCAUCGGGCGGCAGGGCAUCAUCGCCAUCACCCAGCCCCGCCGAGUAGCUGCCAUCUCGCUGGCAGGGAGGGUGGCAGAGGAGAAGAGGACUCAGCUGGGAAAGCUGGUCGGCUACACGGUGCGCUUCGAGGAUGUCACCUCUCCCGAGACGAAGCUGAAGUUCAUGACCGACGGCAUGCUGCUGCGUGAGGCCAUAGGAGACCCCCUGCUGCUGCGCUACACUGUGGUGGUGCUGGACGAAGCUCACGAGCGCACCGUGCACACGGACGUGCUGUUUGGUGUGGUGAAGACCGCGCAGCGCAGGCGCAGGGAGCUCAAUAAGAUUCCCCUGAAGGUCAUAGUGAUGUCGGCCACUAUGGAUGUGGAUUUGUUCUCUGAGUACUUUAACAAGUCACCAGUACUGUACCUGGAGGGGAGGCAGCAUCCUAUUCAGAUCUACUACACCAAGCAGCCUCAGUCAGACUACCUGCAGGCUGCUCUCGUCUCUGUCUUCCAAAUCCAUCAGGAGGCACCUGCAUCCCAUGAUAUCUUAGUGUUUAUGACAGGCCAGGAGGAAAUCGAGGCUCUGGCCCGGACGUGUCGCGACAUUGCCAAGCAUCUGCCCGACAGCUGCGGUCCCAUGGUGGUUAUCCCUUUGUACGCAUCGCUGCCCCCAGUGCAGCAGCUCAGGGUGUUCCAGCCAGCUCCCAAGGGGAGUAGGAAGGUCAUACUGUCAACUAACAUUGCUGAGACAUCUGUUACUAUCUCUGGGAUAAAAUACGUCAUAGACACAGGGAUGGUGAAGGCCAAACGUUUCAAUCCCGAAAGCGGCUUGGAGGUGCUGGCAGUGCAGCGAGUGUCUAAAGCUCAGGCGUGGCAGCGCGCAGGACGGGCUGGCAGGGAGGAAUCUGGCUCCUGCUAUCGUCUCUACACUGAGCAGGAAUUUGACAACCUCAUUCCUAUGACUGUGCCGGAGAUCCAGAGGUGUAAUUUAGCCAGUGUGAUGCUCCAGCUCAUGGCUCUGGGAAUUCCAGAUGUGAUGAAUUUUGAUUUCAUGUCCAAACCUUCUCCAGAGGCCGUUCGUUCUGCUGUGGAGCACCUAGAGCUGCUGGGAGCGGUUGAGAGGAAAGAGGGGCAGGUUUUUCUCACUGCACUUGGAAAGAAGAUGGCAAGCUUCCCUCUAGAGCCUAGAUACGCCAAGUCCAUCCUGCUGUCCCCAGACUUCUCUUGUUCUGAGGAGGUCUUGAGCAUCGUGUCUCUGCUGUCGGUGGACAGCGUGUUGUACAACCCGCCUGCUCGGCGGGAUGAGGUGCUCGCUGUACGAAAGAAGUUCACCUCCAGCGAAGGAGACCACCUGACUCUCCUCAACAUUUACAGAGCGUUUAAAAAAGUCGGCGGUAACAAGGAGUGGUGUCGGGAGAACUUUGUCAACAGCAGAAAUAUGGGCCUGGUGAAGGAGGUCCAUGCCCAGCUCAGAGACAUCUGCCUUAAGCUGAAUGUGAAGCUGGAGUCGUGCGGGGCAGACACAGGAAACGUCCGCCGCUGUCUUGCCCACGCCAUGUUCGUCAACGCAGCGGAGCUGCAGCUUGACGGCAGCUACGUGGCCCUGGACACCCACCAGCCUGUGGCCAUCCACCCAUCCUCCGUCCUGUUCCAAGCCAAGCCAGCAUACGUGGUGUUUAACGAGCUGCUCCACACGUCGCGCUGCUACAUGAGAGACCUGUGUUUGGUGGACGCUGACUGGCUGCUGGAUGCGGCGCCAGAGUAUUUUGGGCGGAAGCUCCGUCCAACCAAGAGCUAACGCUCAGAGACAAUCCUCUGACUUAGUGACACACACGUGCACCUCCUCACCUCCACCACGUGGAUAGCGUGCAGAAAAGUUCACUACCUCCCAGUUGACGUGCUGACAUGCGCCACAGCAGCGGAAUUUGCGUCACAGCCUCGACUUCCUCCAAACUUCAGAUUUUAUAAUCAGUAUUCCUUGUGUUGUGGUUAGCGAUGUGACCUCAGAUGCAAGGUCCUGGGUUUGAAUGCGCUGGCCGGCCGGGUGCCUUUCUCUUUGGUUCGCGCAUGUUGUCACAGCUCCCUCAUAAUCCAAAGAAAUGCAAUUAGGUUUCAGCUUGUCACUUCUAUAUGGACGAGCUGAUUUUCUUCUGCCUGCAAAGUAUUUAACUUUCCAUUCAGCCAAACGUUUGAUGUUUAGAAAGAGGAUUACUAUUUUUAAGGUUUGCAUGCGUUUAACAGCACAGAUGACCUCACCAGAGCACAGGUCUCACAGUGCCUUGCUCUGGUUGAUUAAUUUUAGUUUCUUAUUUCAAAUGAAGACAGACUUGAUUCAAAAUGUUACUGUCCGUAUGUUCAACUUCACAAAAGAUGGACUGUUUUUGAGUGGGUUAAUGCAGGGAGCUAAUGUUGAAUGGUUAGUUUAUUUUAAUUAAACAGAGCUGUUGCAACUGUCCGACGUGUGCGUGAACAGGGUAAACUCUUCAGGAGCUACAACAAGCACCAUGCAGUUUUGUGUUCACACAAAGUGGUCUUAAGGGUUUACAUAAGUAGACGGAGUUUGUCUUAAUUAUUAAAAAAAAAAAGAAAAAUGCCAAAGUUGUUUUUAAGACAUAAGAUUUUAAUACGUAAGUGACUUGAUCUUUUUUGGUGUAUUUGUAGGAUUUGUCUUGUUCACAGCUGCAUGCCCUUCUCCCCCUGCAUCCAUCAUACCACCCCUUGAGCAUGUCGGGAGAAGUCGCAUGCCUUCCUCUCCAGGUUCUCUUUGCUGUUGUACGUUGCACAGAUCCUUACUCAGCCUCUUCAGAGUAACAACAUGAGUAUGCUGAAAACACAUGUAGGCUAUGCAUGGAGACUAUAUACAGUGAUAUAAUAGCUCAGGUAUAGUCAAUUUCAAAAUGUAGAUCACAGCAUAUCGAGGUUGGCUGCACCUCCUGUCUUUUUUUUACACUGGACUCAGGAAUGAAUGAAAUAUACUGUAACCCGACUAAAAAUGACAUAGACAAUUUCUAUCUUUACAAAAUACUGAACAUGGAUGCGUCUAGGAGGCCACUCUAGAAAGGUGUCCCUAUGUUAUAAAGACUGUUUAAGCUCACUAAAAUCUAUUACAUUUGAAAACAUUUAAGAUAUUGAUAUACCGUCACAGUUUGGAAGGUUAAGUAAAGGCACUUGACCUGUUUUGUUAUGAUCUGACAUCACAUUUGUUAUGAUUUACAAUAAAUGCUAAUGGUGGUUGUGAGCAGGUUUGUACUUUAUUCUAUAGUAUUCUAUUUGUAUUUGUGUCUUUAGAUAAACUGAUUACCAGUG